AGAGCGACAGCGCCUGUCCGCCGGGCCGCUGCAGAUAGAGGAAGAGGCUGUGCUCGCUGUUAGCUCGUUAGCAGCGCUGACAAGUGGUCCCGAGCGGCGAGUUGGAAACUUCCAUUUCCCAAACCGGAGUUUGAAGUUGUAAUUUUAACUCUCUAAACGACCUCUUCGCAACGAUGAGCUUCCUGUUUGGCGGCCGCUCAACCAAGACCUUCAAGCCGAAGAAGAACAUCCCAGAGGGCUCCCAUCAGUAUGAGCUGCUGAAACAUGCCGAGGCCACGCUGGGGAGUGGGAACCUGAGGCAGGCUGUCAUGCUACCUGAGGGGGAAGACCUCAAUGAGUGGAUUGCUGUCAACACGGUGGAUUUCUUCAACCAAAUCAAUAUGCUGUAUGGGACCAUCACAGAGUUCUGCACUGAGACCAGCUGCUCUGUCAUGUCUGCUGGACCAAGAUAUGAGUACCACUGGGCUGAUGGCACCAAUAUAAAGAAACCUAUCAAGUGCUCUGCCCCCAAGUAUAUAGACUACCUGAUGACUUGGGUGCAGGAUCAGCUGGAUGACGAGACACUUUUCCCCUCCAAGAUCGGAGUGCCUUUUCCCAAGAACUUCAUGUCUGUGGCCAAGACAAUCCUGAAGCGUCUGUUCAGGGUUUAUGCCCACAUCUACCACCAGCAUUUCGACUCUGUAAUGCAGCUGCAGGAGGAGGCCCAUCUCAACACCUCCUUCAAGCACUUCAUUUUCUUUGUUCAGGAGUUCAACCUCAUCGACAGGCGUGAGCUUGCGCCCCUGCAGGACUUAAUUGAGAAACUUGGAUCCAAGGACAGAUAGACUCUUCACCACACAUCUCCGUUUUAACUGUUUGCUCCUCUCCUUCUCCCUCUCUGUGACUGCUACCUCUGUGACUUCUAGUCUCAACUCUUAAACUUUGUGCCUUUUCACUUCCUUCACCAGGACGUUUGUACUGUACGUUUCCCUUUAACCCUUGUGUUGUCUUUCAACUUUCCUCAGAGCCUUUUUUUUGUUGUUGUUUAUUCUAGUCACUCCAGAUUAGAUACCAGAGUGUAGAGUAGUAAAAAAUAUUUUUUCACAGGACUGAGGUUCACAAAAUAUAAUAUCUACCGACUGAAUUUCUGUUUUGGACCAAGGGAAUAUGGGGAGCUGAAAUGAAAACCAGCCUUUUUUUUUCUUCAGAAGUUGGCGUAUAGUGUUAUAAGUGUUUAAACAUUUUUUUUUAGUUAUUGAUAGUUUUGUUUUGCAUUAAGGUGUAGCUAUUGCAGUUAUCAUGACCAAAUAUACCAAUGUAAGAGUUUGUAGCAUCUGCUUUAUUAGCGUACAGUGGAGAGUAACAGAGAACGUGGUGAGAAAGGAGAUGACACACAACAAGAGUCAUAGAUGGGAUUCACAGCCAUGAUAAUACAUGUGCAUGGUGUUAGUUUUUAAUCUAACUUGAAGGCAGGCAACUGAAAAAUGCACUUUUUUUUCUUAGUGCCGGCUGUCGUGCGUGGUUAUGUAUCCACUGAUGAUAACAGUGACAACACCUGUGGCUUGUUCUUUGACAUGGCACACUGACACAGUGCCAGGCCCAGAGGACAGCUGAUAGGGACACGAUUUUAUUCUUGUCCCAGAAUUGUCCCACAAAAACAAAUCCAUCUACUGCAUUUUUUUUUCUUUUUGAAUUUGGUCAUGCAAUACUGUGUUUUGCACAUGUUUUUUUCUGCUACUUUUUUUUUUUUUUUUAUACAGGAGGGUGACUGAAAUAGAAAAAUACAAACUCUCGUCAGAGUAAUGCUUUCAGUGACUUUUUUUUAUCUGCUUUAGUCAUUAUUCUUAAACACCGAGUUAAAGAGAAAAAUGAAAUGUUUAUCUCACUGCUUAAAAGUUAAUCAUGAAGCCAGCAAGAUGGAUGAAGAUUAUGGUGAAAAUGAACAUGUCAAAAUUAGAAGUAGGAUAGUGUAAUGUGAAUUUAAAAUUUUACUGUCAUUUCAGCCAGUUAAUUUUUGUGGUGCCGAUGAAUUACGAACCUCUGUGGAUGUCCCUUAAAUGCUGGUACUCAAUUUUCAGUUUUGUUUGUAUUGAAUACUUCCCCUCAGGCAUGGAAAAUGGAGAAAUAACCGAUGCACAUGUGCACAGCAUGGAUGACUGACUUGAGGUGUAUGAAGUUUUUUUUUUUUUUUUUUUUCCAUUGCUGUGUUAUUUGUCUUAUUGGAGCAUGUACAAUUACCAUGGUCAUUUCCUGUGCUUAGUUCUGGCUGCAACAGCAGGGCUGUUAGCUGUGCCAUCCUGUCACAAACUAAUGCAACUGUGAUUCCAUUUUAUUCAAAACACACUUGAAUGUGGUAUUUAUUUGGCAGCAUUUGAGGAAGGGACAGGGUCUGUGUCUGGUCUACGUCCUAAUCUGUUAUGAACUUAAACUGAUAUCAGACAAUCAUGGAUAAUGUAACCAGUCCACAGGUUUGAAUAGAAGAGAUGUUACAUUUCUGAAUGCUUCACAGACCCCAAACAAUGUGAUUUGGUUUGUCUCAUCAUGUACCAAUGUUCGUCUCAUCAUGUACCACUUUUUGAAAACAUUGUUUUCAGACCUUGGCAAUAAGAACAACUGAAAACAUUUUAAGAUGUGAAACAACAUGUUUGACAUACCCUGACUGGUUGGUUAGAAGACCAAGCUCACAUUAAUUAAAUUGUCAACGGACAUAUUAACAGAGUUAUUUUAAUAGAGAAUCUUUUCUGAAUAUCAUACAAAUCCUUUCUUUGAAUCUAGUCACAUAUUUGAAAUGUGUUUUCCCUUUUCACCCUGUCUUUCAUUUUAAAACUAGGUUUUAUGACUUGGGGUUACAUUUCAUUUUUCAUGGUAAACUGUACCCUUUGGAUCAAAUGAGGGGCAAGGGCUUUCAAACAAAUUAAAAUUUUUAUAUUUACAAUGACUGUCAUAUUAUUGGGUGGUAAUCUUGCCUGGGAAGAGGAGUGUUUGUACUGCGUCCAAAUAUUUGCUGUAAAUAAGAUCAGUGUUUUAUCUGAACAAAACUGUGCCUUACACAAAUAAAAAUGUCUGAUAUGACAGUAUUGGUAGAUGGAAAAACUUAAUAAACACAGAAAAGAAA